CGGGCGCGGGGCGCCGGGUCCCGCGUGCCCGGCGCGGGGCGCUGGGUGCCGAGCGCGGACCCUGCCUCCGGGGAGAAGCGGCCGCGGCCCUGUCCCUCCGUGCGUGCGGACCGGUCGCCAAGGCCGGCACCCUCGCCGUCUCCCGGGCCGGGCGGCCGCCAUUCCCGUGUCGCUGCGCCCGCGGGGGCCUGCCGGGCCUGCCGCCAUGCCGCUGGGCCUGAAGCCCACCUGCAGCGUCUGCAAGACCACGUCCUCCUCCAUGUGGAAGAAGGGCCCGCAGGGGGAGAUCCUGUGUCACCACUGCACGGGCCGGGGCGGCGGGGGCGCGGGGCCGGCGGGCGGCGCGGGGCCUGCGGGCGGCCCGGGGGGCGGCCUGGGCGCGGCCACCUUCGCCAGCACCUCGGCAGCCCCUCCGCAGAGCAACGGGGGCGGCGGCGGCGGCAAGCAGAGUAAGCAGGAAAUCCACCGGCGGUCGGCCCGGCUUCGGAACACUAAGUACAAAUCCGCCCCGGCCGCGGAGAAGAAGGUGUCCACGAAAGGAAAAGGGAGGAGACACAUCUUCAAGUUAAAAAAUCCCAUCAAGGCUCCAGAGUCAGUUUCCACCGUCAUCACUGCGGAGUCCAUCUUCUACAAGGGUGUGUAUUACCAGAUUGGCGAUGUGGUUUCCGUGAUUGACGAGCAGGAUGGAAAGCCCUACUACGCCCAGAUCAGGGGUUUCAUCCAGGACCAGUACUGUGAGAAGAGUGCUGCUCUGACGUGGCUGCUCCCCACCCUCUCCAGCCCCAGGGACCACUUUGACCCUGCCUCCUAUAUCAUCGGGCCAGAAGAAGAUCUUCCAAGGAAGAUGGAAUACUUGGAAUUCGUUUGCCACGCACCUUCUGAGUAUUUUAAGUCCCGGUCAUCACCAUUUCCCACAGUUCCUACCAGGCCGGAGAAGGGCUACAUAUGGACUCACGUUGGACCUACUCCUGCCAUAACUAUUAAGGAAACCAUUGCCAACCACUUGUAGUUUACAACUUAAAGCGGACUCGUGUCUGCUGUGACCGGGAGGCUGCCGGCUGGGAGGCCAGUGUCUGGUCUCGGAGCACCUGGGACCGAGGGCUCCACUCACGUUCCA